AUGAACCUACGGCAAGUGCAUAGAACCGUACGGGCUACGGUUCGCUCUGUAGUGCAAACGUUCUGUGAAAAUACAAGCCUGCACGGGCUGCGCUACGUGUACGGGGAAGAUCGUACCGGAGCCACAACGACUCCACACAGUAGAAUGUUGCGCAUGCUUUGGCUGCUGGUGUGUAUGGUUUCUAUUGGCUUUACCAUGAUUAUGGGCAUGAUCGCAUGGAUGCGUUUCCGGACUACGCCCACGAUCACCACGAUCGAAACGAUGACGUACCCGAUCUGGAACAUACCCUUUCCGGCGGUGACGGUGUGCAACAUCAACAAGAUAGACAGCCGGAAGGCGAGGAUUAUUAUCGAUCGACUAGUAAAGGAGUACGGGAUGAGUGAAGCCAACGCCACCGGUCUGCUGAUAGCUCAGGCUAGUCUCGUUAACUUUGAAGCCGUCAACACCAGCUACCUCGAGCUGGAAUCCGUCCUGGGACGCAUGGGCUGGAACCCGGACAAGCUGCUGCUAGAGCUUACGCAACCGUGCGAGGAUCUGAUCAAGGUUUGCUACUGGCUCGGGUCGGAGAUACCCUGCUCGAAGAUCAUACGCCGCACACGGACCGACAACGGUUUCUGCUGCUCGUACAACGUGGACACGACGAUGCAACCGUUGGUGCUGCAGCAAAAUCAAAGCGACCCGCGGACACCCUACCGUCCGAGGCGACUAUCGGGCGCUGGGCGACAUGUGGGGCUUUCGAUCCUCAUUGACGUCCAGCCUGACACGUACAUGGCACCGACCAAGUCGUACUAUGGGGCGGAGGUGUACAUACACGAUUCGAGCGACUUUCCGUCGGACGCCGACUUUGAGCAUGUGGCACAGCCGGGGUGGGAUGUGGUAAUGUCCGUGAUUCCACUACCGAUCGAGAGCAGCAGAACGAUGAACCAGGUGCCGGAGAGCAUGCGGAAAUGUUUCCUUCCGGAAGAGAGUGGCACAAACGGCAGUGAUAGCUUCAAUCUCAAUGUCUGUAUGGCCGAAUGUCGUCUGCGGACGAUACUGAAGCUAUGCCACUGUGUUCCGUUCUACUAUGCCGACCUCAGCAUGGUGGAGGGAAGGGAUGUGGAGAUGUGUGCCCUGAAACAUGUGGCUUGUUUGCACUAUUUUAGAAGAUACUUUUACAGCUUGCGCACGGACGACACCUUGGACCCGGAAUUGGAUGACGUAGAGUUUGGAAUGGAUUGUGAUUGCAAACCACCUUGCUCCGUGUUGAACUAUAACGUGCAAACGAUUGUGAGUCAACGGACGACGAAAAGCUUCAUGUCGGCCAACUUCGGCGGAAGAAACGUCUCCAUGUACGCCACCCUCAACGUGCACUUUAAGGAUAUCUACUGCGUGAAGUACAAGCGCGACGCGUACAUGACCUGGGACUCGCUGGUCGCGACCUUCGGCGGCAUCUUUGGACUCUGUAUGGGCGGUUCCGUGCUCAGCAUCGUCGAGCUGGUGUACUACUUCACCAUCAAACCAUUCACCGUGCAACGGGAGGCGAAGAGAGCGAAGCGCAAAAGAGGAAAUACGCUCGUUCAUCGCUUGCAGUUUGUUAAGGAUGGAGGCGGCAGUCAAACGUCUUAUCGGCUAAGCGGCUAA